UUUGUCCUCCACCGGAAAAAAUACACCACAAUCAAGUGCUUUUACACCCAAAUGGAGAUCCCCAGCGGGUGCUGAGAGAUGUCGGCUGAGCUCCUGCAGUCACUGCAGAGCCUGAGCCUGAGCUCCAGACACCGCUCCAGACACAGACACAGAGGCUCCAGGAGCACAAAACAUCUGUAUCUACUGCGGGGACUUCCGGGGUCUGGGAAGACCACCUUAGCCAGGAGCCUGAAACAUCAAUUUCCUGCUGCAGUGAUCCUCAGCACUGACGAUUACUUUGUCAGAGAUGAUGGCUCCUAUUUAUUUGAGAGGGAUUUACUUGGUGAUGCUCACGAAUGGAACUUUGAAAGAGCCAAAGCUGCCAUGAAGCGAGGAAAAACUCCAAUUAUCAUAGACAAUACCAACAUUCAAGCAUGGGAAAUGAAACCAUAUGUGCAUUUGGCACUGGAAAAUGCAUAUGAAGUGAUAUUCAGAGAACCAGAUACACAUUGGAAGUUCAAUAUUAGGCAACUGGAAAGAAGAAACAUUCACGGUGUCUCAAGAGAAAAAAUUGAACGCAUGAAGGAACAGUAUGAGUGGAACGUCAGUGUUAAUGACGUGCUGUAUGCUGAAAGACCAGCCAGAAAUAACCGAUCCCAAAGUUGCCAACGAGCUGGAUUUGGAGGCAGGAACUGGAAUUGCUCUGGAGCAAGUUAUUCAAACUCAGGCGCUCCACCUUCAAAUACAGGUCACACGAAUCAAAGAGUCACCAGAAACAGUAGAGUCAGAAACCGAUUUUAAUUUUCAUACGUGAUAAAACUAUGUUGUAGAGCAAUGUUAUCUUUUUAAAAAAAUAGCAACUGCACGUCAGUAAAGAAUGGUAAUGGAGAUCUGCACAAGUGCAUAAAGUAGUUGAGCUAGUAUGACCAGUGCUUUUACUCAGUAUUUGAAUACAAUUUUAUUAACUCUUUUAAAUGUCCACAUCAACCAGAAAUUCCAUCUUCUACUUCAGGUGCUGUAAAAUUCAAAACGAUCUUGUGUGUUUUCAUCAGCAUUUAUAGAUUGAGUAUUCCAAUUGCAGGAUAUGUUUGUUUUUUCCACCAGUGAUCUUGUCUGGUAAAAUUAAUUGCAAUUGAAAUACAUUUUUAACGUUCAAAUUUUUAAUAACUUUUCUAUUGAUUUUCAAACUAGUUUUUAUGUAGUCAAGUUUUAACAUUGCCAUUGCAACAUUGCUUGCAAUUGCCAAGCGAGAAAGCACUUUAUAUUUUUCAAGCUUUUCCACAAGGUUUCGUAUUUCUCAGAGGUGUUUCUUUCUUCUUCCUCUCCUAAUUUUUGUUACUUUGUUUUUUAACAUGUUUAACCCGGAGCACAAAAUAAUCUUGUGGAACCUGGAAUUGAAAUUGAAUAUAAUUCAAUCUCAUAUAUGAUUCAUUAUUUAGAUAAAAUGAAGUUGGGCAUUUUUGAGACUUCACCUCCUGUCCCGUUGAGUCAAUGGGAUAUCGGUAUUCUGCUAUUGGACAGGCACUGGAAUAUCUUGACAUAUGGCAAGUGUAGUAUCCUUGGGAGAGACAGGCAACUUUGGACCUUUGGUUCCCAAAACUUUCCACCACUGUCAGGUUUUCCUUUGCCUCGUGCCUGAGUCUAUGUAGACUAAUUGAUAGAGAUUUGAUUGCUAUGAUUAGUCAACAUCUCGAUUGUUAUUGUAGAAUGUGAAUACCAGGAUGGUGGAAGGCAAACUAGAUGGACCUUGGUCUUUUUUUACCUAGAAAUUUUUAUGUUCCUAACUACUAAAAUACCAAGUACAACUUAGAAUAAAUACAUUUCAAAUACUGUCAGGUAUAACUGUUGUGUAACAAAGUGCACUCUAUGAGUUAUUUUAACAAUAAUUUAUCAACAGUCUUUGACAAUGGGUAUAAUUUAGAUUAUAAUUAUUGAGAAAUAAUUGGAACAGAAUUAAAGUUGUGUAUAGCUUG